CUUAAUGAAGCCAUUGAUACCAAAUUUAUUGGGGUACGAUAUAUCUGUGAGGGUAAAAUACGUCCGGGAAUGUUGAGUAUCGCGGCGGCAAAAAAAGGCCGGUCGGGCCUGAGAAAUGCAUGAUGAGUGGAACAGAAACUUAUUGGAAACUUACGGUGCGCGAGAGGGUUAAUUAGGGUUGCACCGAUUAAUCGGUAAGUAAUCGGAAAUCGGCCUAAUCGGCCACUUUGCCGAUUAAUCGGUAAUCGUCAUUUCGAUCGAUUAAUCGGGGCCGAUUAGUAAUUUUUUUUCUCUUUUAUAAUACAAUGUACAUAACACAAUAUUAAUAAUGUUAAUGUAAGGAUGGUGAUGUUACCAAAACUCUCAUACCUUUCCACAGCAUUUAUUUCAAACAAGUUCCUAUGCAAAUGUAUAUUAGGUAAUUAAAAUUGAUAUAUAAAAUUAUGAUAUGAACUGAAGUACCGGUAAUUGCUUCAACUUUAAAACUAGAAAAAAUCAACAUAUUACUUUAUAUUACAACCAAGAAAAAUUAUAUACCUAUUUCAACUUGGUUUGUACAGUAAUUGAGUAAUAUCAUUCACCAUGCCUGCCGUGCAUAAGAAAACAAAUUAUUGUAAUAUAUCAUGAAAAGUAUGAAACUAGACAAGUGAUUUUACUCAGUACUUUAAGUUAAACACUCUUAAAUUGUAAUGUAAAAACAUUAAUUGGGUAAUAUCCUUCACCAUGCCUGCCGUGCUUAAAACAGUAAAUUAGUAGAAGACUUGAGAGAUUGAUAAACUUUCUGUACACUACCAUUUCUAGUAGCAUCUAGGAUCACCACAAGAAUGAGAAAACUGGCAAAUUCUAACAUUUUAAAACCAGGGUGUUGCCAUAAAGCAAGGCUAACUUAUAAGUAACAAAUUACUAGAAGUAUUUGUUCUCCAUACAGGAGAUAACAGUUGGGCAGUUAACAAAGUUGUAAACAUGUGGGUUACAGUAUGUCUUUAACUUUGUGGUACCAGUGUCCAGUAAUUAAUGAAGAUUCAUCACAUUUACAAUUUGUAGCGGUUUCGAUAAAAAGACAUACAAGAGCGGUGCAGUUUACUGUACAAAGUGUACAAGGAGACGGUGUGGACGUGCUGGCGGUGAGGUGGAUUCUGGCCAACCCACGGCACAGCUCAGCAGGUCUCCUUGCGUGGGCUCGAGCUCCGUGGCAGUGUACCGAGACCUCGGUGGUGAGAGCUCGAGCUUGGUGAGCAACGGUUUGGAACCCCAGUGAUGUGAGCCGCCACAAAUUUAUAAAUAAUUGGCCGAUUAUUGGUUACCGAUUAAUCGGUAAUCGGUAAUCGGCCAAAUUGCUUAUCGGUGCAACCCUACUAUUAAUAGAAAAUAAUUGCUUAAAGGGAGGCGCCACCAAAAAUGGAUAUUUUUCACUUUUUUGGCCAAAUUUUAAAAGUCACUCCAAAAGAUUGCUGAACAUGUCACACAUUCCCUGUGAAAGUUUGGCAGUUGUACGACAAUUCUUUACCUUUCAAAUAAAUAGAUUUGAAUUACUAAUUUCGUGAUCCCCUACCUGCAGACACCUCCGUUUUCUGUAGAAUACUCAUAUAUGUUUCAUUUUGCCUUCUUUUGUCCAAUUUUUUCCACUUUUUUUACAAAAAGCGUGUCAUCAUGCAUCUGGCAAAAUUCUAGUGGCAGCCAGCAAGACUCGGAGGGUGUGGUUGAGUGAAUCAAUCAAUUAGUCACUUAAUGAAUUGCGAGGACUCCUCAGAGGUACACUUGUACUUGUAUUUUGGCAGGUUUGGAAGCUCAGGAAAAGAAAAGGAGAAGCCCAAAAGAAAACAAAGUGACGAAGAAGAAGAAACGAGAGGCAUCCACAGAACACUACAGCCCAGGAGAUUUCUAGUACACACACACACACACACACACACACAGGAAAGGCCGCUCAUGUGUGACAAACUUGCUGAGCUUUUACUCAAGAGUGACGGACAAAUUACAGGAAAGAGACAUAUGGGUGGAUUGCAUUUACCUAGACUUAAUGAAGGCAUUUGACAAAGUUCCACAUUCAAGACUGCUGUGGAAACUAGAAAAUAAAGGAGGAUUGAGAGGGAAAAUGAAGUGCUGGAUGGAAAGCUACUUAAGAGGAAGAGAGAUGAGAACCGUGGUUAAGGACACUAGAUCGGAAUGGAGAAGAGUGGAAAGCGGAGUGCCCCAGGGGUCGGUUUCAGCACCAGUACUCUUCCUAGUCUAUAUUAAUGAUAUGCCAGAGGGAAUAAACAGCUACAUGAGCCUGUUCGCAGAUGAUGCUAAACUGCAAAGACAUAUAAGAAACAGUCAAGACUGCAAGGAGCUGCAAGAAGACCUAAACAAGAUUUGGAAAUGGAGUCAGAAAUGGGAGAUGAAAUUCAACAUGAAGAAAUGUCAUGUCUUGGAAGGAAAAAGUGUACAAAGACCAAAAUGGCCAUAUAAAAUGGGAGAUGGUGAAAUAUUAAUGAAAGUAAAUGAAGAGAGAGACCUGGGAGUAAUAAUGCAAGAUUAUAUGCAACCAGAAAGUCACAUAAAUCGGAUCUUCGGUGAUACAUAUUACAUGGUGAGAAAUAUAGGCAUAGCAUUCUACUACAUGGACAAAGAAAUGAUGAAAAAAUUAAUAACUACUAUGAUCAGACCUAAACUAGAAUAUGCGGAAACAGUGUGGUCUCCACGUAUGAAGAAAAACAUAAUAAAACUAGAAAGAAUACAGAGGAUGGCAACAAAAAUGGUUCCAGAACUGGAGGGACUGACAUAUGAAGAGAGACUAAAGGAAAUGGACUUGCCAACACUAGAACAAAGAAGAGAAAGAGGAGACCUAAUACAAAUAUAUAGGCUAUUGAGUUAAAUGGAAGAAGUAGAUAACGAAAAAUUGCUACUAAGAGAGGAACCUUCCAGCAGGAAUACUAGAGGACAUGUAAAAAGUUGAGGAAGGGAAGAUGCUCAAGAGACAUAAAGAAAUAUAGCUUCCCACAAAGAAAUAUAGAGGUUUGGAACAGACUAAGUGAAGAAAUAGUAUCAGCGAAGAGUGUGCAGAGCUUCAAGGAAAAGUUGGAUAAUUAUAGAUAUUGAGACGGGACCACACGAGCGUAAGCCCAGGCCCUGUAAAAUUACAACUAGGUAAAUACAACUAGGUAAAUACACACACACAAGGAUCCAGAGGUAAUAGAAAAUCUUAAAGUUGAUUGUCCAAUAGCGAAGAGUGACCAUGCGGUUGUGGAAUUUGAAGUAAAAGAAAAGAGAACGAUUGACCGAAAAAAGGAUCACAAAAUUGGGAGAAGCAACUACUGUAAGGCAGACUUUGUUAGCAUGAGAACUUUUUUUGAAAAUGUAAAUUGGAGUGGGCUGUACAAAGCCAAGAGUACACAGGAUAAGUGGGAGGAGCUUUUAAAACUAUACAAGGAAGCCAAAAAUAGAUAUGUCCACAAGGUAACCAAAAAGGAUGUUGGUAAAAAGGAAUGGUUUAACAAAAGAUGCAAGGCAGCUAGAAAGAGAAAGGAGGAAGCUUGGAAGGAAUGGAGGAGACGAAGAAGAAUCAACUCGUGGAACGAUUACAAACAAGCAAGGAAUGAAUGUACAAAGAUUAGAAGAGAAGAAAAACGGAAUAUGAAAAAGAUAAAAUAGACAAGUGCAAAGACCAACCCAAACUAUUCUAUAGACAUGUGAACAGCAAAUUAAAGAAUAAGAGAAACAAUCGAUAAACUGAAAAUGGAUGGAACUACAUAUGAGGACCCAGCAGAGAUGGGAGAAGUGAUGAAUAACAGCUUUCAUAGAGUUUUCACAAAAGAAGAUGAAUUUGUACAACCACCAGGCCAGGAAAGAGGAAGGGCUAUGCAGGAGAUACAGUUAACGGUGCAGGAGGUCAAGGAAAGUUUGAACAAGCUGGAUGUAAGAAAGGCGACAGGGCCGGAUUGAGUAUCAGGGUGGAUCUUGAAAGAAUGUAGUGAGCAACUUGCAGAGAAACUGCACUCCAUAAUGAGCGCCUCCCUGAGUGAAGGAAAGGUACCACAAGAUUGGAAGAGAGCGAACGUAGUACCAAUUUUUAAGGGAGGCAAGAGAGAGGACCCAUUAAAUUACAGACCGGUAUCACUCACUAGUGUGGUUGCGAAGAUAUGCGAGAGGCUGGUUAAAAACAGGUGGUCGGAUUUCUUAGAAAGUGAGAAAAUUAUCUCGCAUUGCCAGUUUGGAUUCAGGAGAGGGAGAUCUUGUGUCACCAACUUGUUGUGUUAUUACUCAAUUGUGACAGAUUUAAUACAAGAGAGAGAAGGCUGGGCGGAUGGAGUGUACCUGGAUUUGAAAAAGGCAUUUGACAAAGUACCGCACAGAAGACUAAUUUGGAAAAUAAAAAAUAGGGGUGGAGUGGGUGAUGGACUGAUUAAAUGGCUGGAGGACUUCCUAACUAACAGGGAAAUGAGGACGAUAAUCAGGGACAAGGUUUCCAACUGGUGCCCUGUGACAAGUGGGGACCCAUAAGGUUCGGUGUUGGCGCCAAUAAUGUUUGCUGUUUAUAUAAAUGAUAUCAUGGACGGAGUGACCAGCUAUGUAUGGAUGAGAAAUAGAGAAAAUAAACAAGGAGGAGGAGUGAUGCUAUUGUUGAAAAAAGAAUGGACAGUGGAGGGUGUCACCUAUGGCGAAGGGGAAGCGGAGGUCUUGAGUGUGGGAAUAAGACUGCAAAGGGGAGGAUGCAGAAAUAUCGCACCGGUGUAUGUCCCUCCAAAAACCAAUUCAUGGACAGAAGAAUUGUACAAGAAGCUGGAAGACACAUUGGAUUGCCUAAGGAGAUUGCUGGAGGAGAAGGAUAAGAUUCUGAUAAUGGGAGAUUUUAAUUGCAAGAAAGUGUCAUGGGAAAACUGGUCAAUGGAAGGAAGUGAAGCUUCAUGGGGGAACAAGGUUUUGGAAUUGGUUAUAGAUAACGUCCUCACACAGUGGGUGGAGGAAAAUACAAGAUUCAGAGGAGAAGACGAGCCAUCUAGAUUGGACUCGAUAAUCACCAGGGAGCCAGAUAUCAUAGAGAUGAACUAUAAGAGCCCUAUAGGGAAGAGCGAUCACGUACUUAUUGAGUACAUAUUACGAGAAGGAGGUAAAAUAAUCAGGAAUGAGGACAACAGGAAAGAAUGUUUUGACUAUAAUAAGACAAAUUUUGAACAACUUGGGAAACAUUUUGAAGAAGCACAAUGGGAUACUUUUUUUGAGGCUGAAAAUGUGGAGGAAAAAUGGGCUAUCUUUGUACGGAUUUACAACGAAGGAGUGGAAAAGUGGGUACCAGGGAUGAAAAAAGGCCAGAAAUCAAGAGGAGAGUGGUACAAUAGAAAGUGUGUAGACGCCAAGCAGGAAAAGGAGAAGGCAUGGAACAAAUGGAGAAAAAAUAGGAGGAUGGAUCUAUGGAAUGAGUACAAAUUUUGA